AGGCUGUGUCACCAUCAGUCUUGGUGAUGUCACCCAGUUGUUUUUCAUGGAUCCUGAUGAUAGUACUGCUUGAAAUUGUCCUUGUCGCCGUUUUCUUGAGGGAAGGAGCAACCAUCACUUUCUGCAGCAGCAGGAAAGCCCCACCCUGCUGUUCACAGAAAUUCUCAUUUCCUCCACCUCCCUCCAUCUGCACUUCAAAGAACACGAUGGGAGCAGUGAUAAAGCUGCACUGAAAGCUGCUCAUCUUUACUCAAAACCACAUAAAUCUUGGUCUUCAAGGCCACAGGGCCCUCAAAUAUUGGGUGGGUUUUGGUAAACUGGAAGUUUUCAAGGCUUUUCUGGCAGAAAGUAGAGCCAGCACCUUUUUUCCUGCAAAACGUGGUUAAGGCCUGUCAUUACAGGGAGGAGAAAAAUGACGAAGAAAAUCCCAAAACAGCCCUUUCUUCUCUCAAAGGAUGGUAUAAAGCUGAUUUUUUGGGGUGAUUAAUCUACUUGAUUAGGUGUAGAUCCUUAUUAAGCACCUUUUGUGUGUGAUAAAGUGAGGUUUUUGGCUUUAGCAUCCUCUGAAAGCUGCACAAAUCACUCGGUCUGGGCCUAAAUCUGGGCGCGCAGCAGGUGUUAAUCCCAAAUCUGAGGUGGAAACAAUCCCUGCAGCAGGAUCCAUGCUCAGCUCAGCAAUUAAUAGUGUUAAUAACGAAAUAUCUUAAUUUAGAGGUCCUGAAGCUGAUUUGAGUGGGUUUUUAGAGUUUCCCUUGGUUGCCCAAAGUCCUGGAAGCACAGGAUAGACAGUUCCAGAGAAGAGCAGAGGAAGUUGUUUUGCAAGAGAGACUUUGUCACAGCUCUGAGCAGGAUGAGUGUCAGUAAAUCCUUGAGCAAUCUCUUCCCAGAACAAGGAAACCACGAGGCAGAGGAACCUCGUGGAUCCUGGCUUCUUUCCUCGUUUGGCUCUGUAAGAAAUGGGGAUUUUUCAGCUUGGAUUCGAGGAAAUUUUUCCCCAGUGAAAGCUGAGGGUGUCAAUGUCCCGUGGCAGGGAUUAUCCUGCUCCAGGGAGAAUUCCCCACAUCCCUUUUCCCCAGGGGAUGGUUAGAUGACUCCACAGACAGACAUGGAGCAGUUUUGGGAUCCAUGGAUGAGGGCACGUUUCCCUGGAACAGCUGGCUGCUCAUUUCCACUGGGAAUAUUUCAGCAGGCUCGGAAUUGGGAUGCUCCCUCCUUCCUGCCUAUGGAAGCAACUCUUUUUUUUUCCUGCCUCCCUCCCUUCCCAAAAGAGCAGCCAGAUCCUGGUUUAUUUUUAAAUGCCUUCUGCAGAGUUAUUACUGCAAAAAGUCGCCUCAGGAGCUUGGGCCAGAAUUUGGUGCCUGAGUAAAGGGUGAGGAGUGAAUCCCCUCGGGAUUUCUCAAUUAAAACCACUCCAGGGCGUGAACUUGGAGCAAGUGACUCAUUUAGAGCAGGCUCCUCAGGCUGGGAGUUUAAAAGGGAAUUAGGCUGAGGUUUUAAAGGGAAUUAGGAUCCUUUUCAGUCAUUCAGAUCAUUCAGCAGCCCUUGGAGCAUUAAUGAGCAGAGCUUAGAUGUGGACUGGAGCUGGCACGACCAAGCUUGGGCCACGAUGGGCAUCCUGGAAUAUCGGGGUGUUCAUCUGCAUCCGCUGUGCCGGGAUCCACAGGAACCUGGGAGUUCACAUAUCCAGGGUCAAAUCCGUCAACCUCGACCAGUGGACGCAGGAACAGAUUCAGUGCGUGCAGGAGAUGGGGAAUGGCAAAGCCAAUCGUCUCUACGAAGCCUACCUGCCCGAGAACUUCCGGAGGCCCCAGACAGACCAAGCUGUGGAGAGUUUUAUCCGGGAUAAAUACGAGAAGAAGAAAUACAUGGACAGAAGCAUCGACAUCAACACCUUCAGGAAAGAAAAGGAUGACAAAUGGAAAAGGAGCAACGAGUCAGAAAGAAAACUGGAGCCCAUCAUCUUUGAGAAGGUGAAAAUGCCUCAAAAGAAAGACGAAACGCAGCAAUCCAGGAAAAGUUCUCCUAAAUCUGAGCCAGUCAUGGAUUUACUGGGCCUGGACGCUCCGGUGACAACGCCCGUCACCAACGGCCGGCCCAGCAGCCUGGAGAAGGACCUGGACCUCUUCGCAUCCGUGGGAUCCAGCUCGGACUCCAGGAAGGUCGUUGGUUCCAUGCCGACCUCUGGAAGCGCCGGCUCCGUUCCCGAAAACCUGAAUCUUUUCCCGGAGCCCGGAGGCAAAGGGGAGGAAGUGGGGAAGAAGCAGCUCUCCAAAGACUCCAUCCUGUCCCUGUACGGCUCCCAGACACCCCAGCCACCAGCACAAGGAGCGAUGUUCAUGGCGCCGGCUCAGAUGGGCUAUCCCGCCGCUCCCUAUCCCGGCUUCCCAGGAGUUCCCCCUUCCAGCAGCAUGAUGGGGGGCAUGAUGGCUCCAUCCGUGGGGAUGCUGGCCCAGCCCGGAGCCACCGGCAUGGUGACACCCAUGGCCAUCCCGGCGGGAUACGUGGGGAACGUGCUGGGCGUUCCCAACGGGAUGAUGGGGGCCCAGCAGCCCGGAUACGUGGCCGGAGUGGCCGCGGUGCCCCAGCCCGUGUACGGGGUCCAGCCAGCGCAGCAGCUGCAGUGGAACCUCGCCCAGAUGACCCAGCAGAUGGCUGGGAUGAACUUCUACGGAGCCAACGGAAUGAUGGGCUACGGACAGUCCAUGGGAGGAGGAGGAGGAGCCCAGGGCAGCAACCCCUCCCUCAGCUCCCCGCUGUGGAAAUGAGCCCUCGCCUCGUGACCGUUUCUGCCUUUGUUCUGUUCUCCAAACCUGCUCCAUGAGACAUUUGGGGUUUUUGCUUUUGGGUUCGGGGGGGCCCAGCCCAACCCAACCCGAAUGGGGUUUUUUUUUCCAUCCCUGAGCUCCAUCUCUGCCUUUCUCACUGUCACAGCCGCGGGGACAGCUCGGUGAGCAGGACACGAGCGCGCCGUCCUCAGCACAGUCAAUGCACACGGGGAGGGGACCCCUCCCUGCACAAAGCUCCACCAGAGCUCCUGGGUAGCACUUGAUGCCCUGCUGGGCACCUGGGCACAGCUGGGACUGGGAAAUCUGGACUUAAUCCCACCUGGAAAGCUGGGAUUUCUCCCUUCAACUCCAGUGUUAACAGAUUUUUUUUUGGGGGGGGGAAAAGGGUGGGGAACCUCGUUUGGUGCUGAGGGACUGGAUUUAAGCCGAGCCUAGGGGCAAGCGAGCCUUGCUACCUCCUCCCUCGAGCGGAGCUCUCCCUGCUCCCACCCUCCUCGGAACCAAAGUCCUGUCCCUCCCCCCCGAGCAAGCAGGAAUCUCGCCUGGAGUGGGGACAAAGCUGAUGGAAUGUGAAAAACUUGCACUCCAGAGGGAAUUUUUCUGGCUGAUGCUGGGAUUUGAUGGGAUUUCACUUUUAACAAUCUAACCAGAGUUAACUUCUCCAGGGCCCAGAGCCCCUCUGUGAGUUUUCUUACACUUUUAAAAAGAAUGACUCUGACAUCCUAAUUUAUACUUUUUUUCCUUUUUUUUUGGUCGUUUUUUUUGGUUGGUUUUGUUCUGUUCUUGUUGUCGUUGUUCCUGUGUAAUCCUGGUUCCCCCCACCCCUUUCCUGGCUCGCUUGGGACAUUUUAAUCUUAGGCAGAUUUCUUUUCUCAUCUCCAGUAGAACCCAAAACUGCUUCAAAAGUCAGCAACAAGUCAGACUCGUGGUCUGCUCUCUCCUGUGGAUAUGUAAAUUCCCAAAUAAAACAUUGCAGUGGA